CUGCGGGGUGGCCGGGGCGCAGAGACCAAAGCGCAGCUCAGCAGCUCUCAGACCCUGUACGGGGUACCCCGGACACCCGAUCUCUGGGUUCAGGUUUGCCCAUCUCUGGGCGGCAGGGCAAGACAGGAUUUCUCUGUAUGUCCUUGGCUGCCUUGAACUUGCCUUGUGGACCAGGCUGUCCUGGAACUUAAGAGAUCCACUUUCCUCUGCCUCCCAAGUGCUAGGAUUAAAGGUCUCUCUACUAUAGCCAUGGACAACUCCAGCAUACAGGAACUCCAGCAACCCUUACUGCCAAGCGUAACCUGGGACCUCCUUGCUUCCAAGUCUGAGAAACCAGAGCUGGGAACCCUCUUCCCAGAAACUGCCUUUGCAGAUUCCCCGAGAGGCUGGCAGCUUCUUCUCCCACCUCUUCCUUCAGUGAGCGCUGGCCUGGGGGAGCCUGAGACCCCUGACCUUGAGGACACAUCAUCCAGUGACAGUGACUCAGAUGAUGAUGGGGGUGACCGGCUCUCUCCACUUCUUCCCCAUGACCACCUGGGCCUGGCUGUGUUCUCUGUGCUGUGCUGCUUUUGGCCUGUGGGCAUCGCUGCCUUCUGUCUGGCCCACAAGACCAACAAGGCUUGGGCCAAGGGGGACGUCCAAGGGGCAGGGGCUGCCUCCCGCCGUGCUUUCCUGCUGGGGGUCCUUGCCGUGGGGCUGGGCCUGUGCACAUAUGCGGCUGCCCUGGUGACCUUGGCUGCCUACCUUGCCUCCCGAGACCCGCCCUAGUUGCCCUUCGGCCCCCACUGUGAAUGCAGAGACCAGAGGACCAUCAAACCCGUGAGCAGAAUGGAUGAUCUUGGUGCACACGUGGUGACGGCGAGGACCACAUCACUCAGAAACAAGUCAGCUGGAGGUCCCCUCCCUUUCCUGCCCACCCCCACCCUCCAGAAAGAAGCAAUGUGAGAGAUUAAAGAUACCCUGAAGCCAAA